AUGACAUUCAGUAAUACCCAAAUUAAUAAAUUAAAACAAUUUGUUGGUCUUGAUAAUUACGAAAUUAUUUUUGACUCUGAUAUUAUGGAAAUGACUAGAUUAAGUUUUGUAAAAAGUAUUGAAGGAAGAAAAGAUAUUGCUAUAGUUAUAAUUAAUAACUAUAACCAUAUUUAUGGAUGUUAUCAAAAACUAACAAUAAAACAUGCGCAAAAUCUCCCUCAAAAUGGGUAUAUAACAAAUCAUAAUUAUUGUGUUGAUCCUUAUCAUUUUAUUUUCUCAUUACUAAGUGAUUCAAUCCCACCAACAAAAUGGAUGAAAGUUCCAACUCCCCAAAUGGUUUUAAAUCAAAUUAAAAUUAUGGAUACUCUGGAAAUACUACCAACUAAUUCGAAUCAAUUAGAUGAUUAUAUUUUCUGUGUAGCUCAUGCUUUUGGAUUUUGGAAACCCCAAUUAAAUGAAGAAGAAUCAGCUUAUACAUUCUUUAGACUAAAUGAAGCAUAUAUAAAUCCUCCGACUCAUUUAGAAUUAACUGGAAUAAAUCAAAGUAAGCCUGGAUGUAAUACAUAUUCCAAAAUCACCCGUUUAUUAGUCAUUCAAUUUUAUUAA